AUGACCCAGGUCAGCAGCAGCCCCCAGACUGCUGGCUGCUGCCACCGCUGCUGCCACAGCAUCCACUGCUGCCACCGCUGCUGCCACAGCAUCCACUGCUGCCACCGCUGCUGCCACAGCAGCCACUGCUGCCACCGCUGCUGCCACAGCAGCCACUGCUGCCACCGCUGCUACAGCAGCCACUGCUGCCACCGCUGCUACCACAUCCAGAGCUGUGACGAUGGCGACGGAGAGAUCUGCGGGGCUUGUGGUGACUCAGACAGCAGCCACCACCGCCAGAGCUGCAGCAGCCCCCGGAGCUUGAACCACAGCAGCCUCCAGAGCUGGAGCCACAGCAGCCCCCAGAACCCAGACUGCAGCAGGAAGAGACAGGAGGGCACUUAG